GACGCCCUCGCGAAAGCGCCCACGAAAUGCGGAGAAGAGAAGACGCAGCACGAAAUAUGACAGCUUCACGUUGUGCGCGCUGAGGUCAUGUGUGCACGAUUUCUUUCGCCGCAACGAGAUACCGACGGUCGAGAAGAUAACCAACGAGUUCUCGAACCGUAUGGAUCUCCCGUCACUGAAGCGCUGUACUGUGCGGCGCCUGCUUGCCGAGAUCGGCUUCAAGUACGAGAAGAGGUGCCGCAACUCGCUGCUUAUCGACCGCGACGACAUCGUCGAGUGGCGGAAUCGCUACCUUCGUGACGUGGAGCGCUACCGGGCGGAAGGCCGAAAGAUCUUCUUCCUGGACGAGACAUGGGUGACGGCGGGACACACUCAGUUGAUCGUAUGGACAGACACCGUGGUGCAGAAGCGCGGACGCCUGUACGCUCGCGCAAAUGGCCUUUCAACGGGUCUGAAACAACCCUCUGGGAAAGGCCAGCGCCUGAUCGUCACGCACAUCGGCAGUGAAGAUGGGUUCGUAGACGGCUGCUUGGAUGUAUUCCGAGGGCGAAAAACAGGCGAUUACCACGAAGAAAUGGACGGCAAUCGCUUCGAGGGAUGGUUCGGCGACGUGCUGCAGAAGUUGCCAGCUGGUAGUGUCAUUGUUUUGGACAAUGCACCUUACCACUCCCGGCGAGAAGAGAAAUUGCCGACGACGUCCUGGAAGAAGGAAAACAUACAAGAGUGGCUGAAUAGCAAGGACAUCGCCUACAGCGCGACGUUAGUGAAGAGGCAGCUGCUUGAGUUGGUGGCAUCUGUGAAGCCACGCUUUCUCAGCUACAUCAUAGACAACGCAGCUGCAAGGGCCGGUUGCGUUGUGCUCAGGCUCCCGCCGUACCACUGCGAAUUCAAUCCCAUUGAGCUCGUGUGGGCAAAGGUGAAAAAUGGUAUCGCUGCGGACAACCGAGACUUUAAGCUGUGCACUGUUGAAGACAUCUUGAGGGAAAAAAUCAAGAACGUAACGGCGGAAGACUGGAGGAAGAACAUCCGGCAUGUGAUGGAACUGGAGGCUAAGUUCCGAGUUGACACGUCUGGAAGUGACCAUGUCCAGCCCAUCGUCAUCCAACUGGGGGAAGAUGACACUGAAGAAAGCGACUCUGACUGCGAGCUGUCCGGCAUUGAGCCCCUCGAGGAAGCUUAACGGCUACCUAUUAAUUAAAUAACAGCCCUUAUCAGGGCUACCUAAAUGUUGCCGGUGGGGAUGUUGUGUUCAGUCAUCCACCCCGUGACCCCUCAAAUAAGUAGGCAGUUCAUUUGAUGGCGUAUUCCUUUUAAUGGAAGUUCAAUUCUGAAAGAGCAACGUCCUGCACACAUUUUGCUCAAUUUAACUACUGGCAUGGAAACAUGCUGAAAUGCUGGCAAAUCGAAAUGCAAACAUAAUUAUUAACCCUGAAAAACCAUGUGGCGCCCAAGAUCCUCAUCCAGGCAGCCACUGUCCAGCUUGACAGGCCCGUUGAUGAGAUAGCUGCAGUCAACGCGAAAUUGACAACCACUGUUAACAGCUUGCACGCCACAGCACAUUAAUGUGGUUUCAUUGUUUGGGUAUCUAGCUCAUGCAAGUAAGGAACAAUUAUAAAACAUCAUUACUUUAGUGAAGCCCAAACUGCUCAUUCGUGCAGCCAUUGCCAUGUUGUGGCGCCCUAUGGUGAAGUAGCAGCAGCCGAGGCGAAGUUGACUGCCAAUGUUGGCAGGGCGUAUGUUGAAACGAAAACAAAAGUGGCUACGUUGGAACCACCGAGAAGCUUUACAUGCCCCUAAAGGCCAAUCAAUGCAGCCAAGCAAUAACAGGGACACACCGUCGGCCCAUUUACUCUACAGCACAGUCACUGUUAAUUUCACUAAGCCACUUCAAAAAAUAAUAUCAAAGCAAGCCCAGUGCCGUGCCCGUUGCCCAUUUCCAGGUAGUUGUGCCACCCUUAGUGUUCUUUAUAGCCUGUUCAGAUGAAUAAUGCCAAUGCAAGCACUGCGAGAAGCAAUUGUAAGCUUCAGGUCUGCCGAGGCAGUCAUGUUGGAGCCAUCGACAAGCUUUACAUGCCCCUAAAGGCCAAUAAAUGCAGCCAAGCAAUAACAGGAACACACCGUCCGCUCAGUUUACUCUACAGCACAGUCACUGUUAAUUUCAUUAAGCCACUUUAACACAUAAUAGCAAUGCAAGCCCAGUGGAGUGCUCCUGUUGCCCGUUUCCAGGUAGUUGUACCGCUCCUAUUGUUGUUGACAGCCUGUUGAGAUGAAUAAUGCCAAUGUGAGAAGGCCCAAGGUAAUCAUUGAGGCAGCAGCCACCGUCGAGCUUGAGGGGCCGAGUGGUCAAAUAACGAUAGUCAGGGCAC